AGCAUCGCCUCAGAGACAGCGGUGGUCGUCUCCACUUCCGGGAUGCGCCGAGCGGCCGGCAGGCGGGCGGCGCUGCCGCUGCCGCUGCCGCUGCUGCUGUUGCUGCUCUGUCUCGCCGCUCGUGCCAGCGCCAACCUAAACAUGUUCGUCGACAGGGACGAAGUUCGACGGUUCACAGGGGUGCACGGAUCCAAGAUCCACUACAUCCAAGAAGGUGUGCUCAAUAAGUACGCCAUCGGCUACGAGGUGCCCAUCGGCGCAAACAUCACCAGCAUUCGCUUCCACUGGCAGAGCCUGAUCCGAAAAGCCGAUGCCGUACGAGAUCAGCUUCCGCUGGAACGACCCGGAGGCGAUGGAGCGGCCGCGGGCCAACAUCUCGUACGUGGGCUACGUGCCGCGCGUGGAGCAGGUGUUCAGCGUCCUGUUCCCGUGCACCGGCCGCCUGAACGCCGUGGUCGACGUGGAGAUCAUGCUCAACAUCACCACCUACCUGCCGAAGCGGCGCAUCACGUUCCUCAAGCUGAGGAGGAGGAAGACCUGCCUGCAGGGUCAGCCGACGCGGCUGGAGGCGGCCGGCAACGACACGGUCCGGCUGGAGCUGAGCUCUGAGCCCGACCUGAGCCUCGUGCUGGGCGUCACUGGCGCCAUCGCCGUCACCUUCGUCACGCUCGGCGGCGCCAUGCUGCUCUACGUACGGCAGCGCAAGGCGGCCAUGAGCCCUGGGUAUGCUGGAACUGUGAGUUCCGGAAGCCGCGUUUUCCUGAAGACGUUUUCCAAGAACUACCAGUCGAUAGACCUGAUGGCAAGAAGCUGCAGUUAUGCAACCAUAGCCAGUUUCAAGAAGAUGCCUCUUUUCGAUCUGGGCGUGACCCAACCGCCGUCCACACCGCUGCUGCUGUCCACCAAUCAUGGCCAGGGCAACGUGACGUCACUGCCAAACGCCAACAGCGACGCUAGCCGGACAGUGACGUCACAGGGCAACAGCGCCGGCAGGCGAACGGUGACUUCAUUACCCGUGAAAACGUCGCAUCACUAUGCGUCAUCACAGAUCUCCUGUCCGGAGCGGCGGCAGCCGAACCCGCUGGAGCUGGCCGCCUGCCUGCGCGUGGACCGGUUUGACGUGACUUUCACCGAUCUGGUGGCUGAGGGAACUUUUGGGCGGCUAUACCAUGGCGUGGUGGGUGGCGCCGGCGGCGGCGGCCGGCCCCGGCUCUGCCUCGUGAAAACGGUCUCGGCGCAGGCCAGCGCCCAGCAGGGCCGCCAACUGCUGGCCGACGGUCUGCUGCUGGCCGGUUGCAGCCACCCGGCGCUGCUGCCCGUGCUGGGCUGCUGCUCUGUCGGCGACGGCCCGCCCUGUGUGCUCUACGCAGACCUGGGCGCUGUCAACCUGAAGCAGUUCCUGACGUCAUGUCGGGCGGCCGAUCAGCCAGGCGGCGGCCGCGUCAUCGGGCCGCGUAGCAUGGUGGACAUGGCUGUCCAGCUGCUCGGAGGCCUGGUGCACGUCCACGACAUGGGCCUUCUGCACCGAGACGUCGCCGCCAGAAACUGUGUCGUUGACGACCGCCUCCGCGUGCGCCUGACGGACGGUGCGCUGAGCAGCGACAUCUACCCGGCCGAGUACGCGCGGCUGGCAGACGGAGCUUGGCGGCCGGUCCGCUGGGCGGCGCCCGAGUCGCUGCUGCGCGAGCGCCACUCCCCGGCCAGCGACGUGUGGUCGGCGGCGGUGGCCGCCUGGGAGGUGGCCUCACUCGGUCAGCUGCCGUUCUCCGAGUUGCGCGAGCCGCUCGAGGUGGUGGUCCUGCUCCGCGAGGGCUACCGGCUGGCCCAGCCUCCCACCUGUCCGCCGCAGCUGUACACGGCCCUGCUCAGCUGCUGGGCCAUGGAGCCGGACCAGCGGCCGCGACUCCGAGACCUGCUCACCUGGAUGCAGGACUACUCUGCCACGUUUGACAGACUGAUCUAGCGGCGGCGAGCGGCGGCUGCGCUCGGGCGGACGCCGGCGCCUCGCCGCAGCUCGCCGGACGACCGGUGAUGAACAGGAGGACUAGCCCCGCCGUUUGGCGGUCGGGACGGCGUCAGGGCGCGCGCUCGUUCCCCGCCAGAAAUGGACAAGAAACUGCGGCCGCACGACGGCUGGCGUCAGUCUGUCGCAUGCAGUGGGAUUGCUUGGUCGACAGGGGGCGAGUUUGUAAGCUGUGAUGUUUUCACCCGUGGUGUACUACAGAUGACAAGGUGUCAAGAAGUUUCAAGAAGUUACGUGAACGACGCGUUGUUAUAGUGUUGGACGUGUUGAGAGGUUAGGUGUUGGUCGGUAUCUGUGCUGCUCUUAUUGGCUGCGUUUUUUCUCCUGAGCUGUUGUAACUUCUAAGUACAUGGCCCAUAGUUUUUUAAAGACGGUUGUGUCCUAACAUGCUAUUUUAUGAGCCUCCAAGUCCAACCAGCGCUUAAAUACGUGUUUUGUAUUCCCGAUAGGAAAUAAGUUUGUGUUAAGUGAGUAGCACAUAGUUCUACUGUUUCUUUAGAUGGCAUUAGCAUACGAAUGUUUGCAACGUACCGUUUCAUUGUCUGUCAUAAAGAAUCCCCAUUUAUUGUUGUGAAUUUCCUAGUCGUGAUAUACAGUUCGCUAUCGAUGCUCUAUUUAUUGUGUGUGAUGUAACCAUUGACUGUAAGGCAAUGGUUUCCUAGAUAAAUAUGGAUCAUCACGCAAUGCCACGCAGUGCUUGACACGGAUGUUGGGCAACUAGGGGUACUCAGUGUUUCUGAAGUUGUUGAAGGCCAUGUUUUUGAGACAAGUAAAGAUGUGCGAACAUGCUCUAAGUGAUUAGCUGCUCGGUUACACUAGCUGGGCCCAUAAUGUCCACACCUGCAUCUUCGAACACUGUGUACCCUUGCUAUAUCCCCAUGUCACGGUAGAGAGACCUCAGUUUAAUGUCAGGUCGGUCCUGACUGUCCCCGAGCUUGUUCUGAGGUGGGGCGCGCUGCCCCACAGUCGGUAAGCUCGCCGUGACAUGUGUCGGUGGCUGGUUUGUGUGUGUGUGUGUCGCAGGCCACCAGCGGCGUAGUGGCCAGCCAAUAAUCGUGAUGCGUGGGAGGGCUGGUUCGGACGGCGAAGUAAGCCGUUCGUUAUGUUAUCUCGUUAUGCCAUGGGCUUAUUCCCCGUUUGAUGUGCGGGAGCUGUUCACAAGCGCUCGCAGUCCGAGUGUGGACCCGCUGCGUGCUUGAUUUUCUCUGUAAUCAAAGAGCUGCACCCGCUCCCAUUACGAUUCGGUGAUGUGAGAUCGAAGAACAUCUGGCCGGAGAGACUGAAUGGUAUCAUUGAAAGAUCAUUAUUUGUGCUCAAAACUGACGAUGGAAAUUGUGUUAAUUCCAGAGCACGACCUUUCUCGCACCUUCGGAAGACCCCUGACCGAGCACACUAUCCCGACCAGCAUGAGGCCGCUGUCAUACGCCCAAUUGCUCAUGUUGUCGCUACGCAAAGCAUGCAUGUGCGAGUGCUCCUGUCCAUAACCAUCUGGAACGAACCGCCGCGUCCUGUCACCUUUGUUUGUGGCUUACCUUUCGUGGUUUCGUGUUAUGUCUGCAUCGGACGUUGACACAUGGUGCGACAAUAAACACAAAACUCCAAAUA